UGAUAACCGUCGAGGCCGAUUCCUCCUUAUCAACUCCCACUUCACCUUCUUCAACUAGGCCACGCCGGGCGGUCCGGUCCGUUGGCUGACAAUGGACUCGGAUCCGCUCAAACAUCUCGAGUUUUUCUCGAUGACCAACAACCAAACGGCGAACCCUGUGGAUCAAGCAUAUCUGUCCGGCACCUCGGCGCAGCCGCCAUCAAUAUGGGAUACCACAGGACUGAAUCUCAACCCCGGCUUCGGUGUGUCGCCGUCGGCCCUCGACCUUGCUUCAACAUCAAUGUCGCCCACGCAAAGAGUCCAGUCCAGGCCGAUCCUACCCGCCCGGGGUCCGAGAACACGGGAAGGCCACGAGAGGAAGCGGUCCAGGCUGAGCUCGGAUGCGAGCACCCCGUUGGACUCGGUUGAUUACUGGCUCAACUUCGACAAGGACGAUGGUCUUGUCAGCAUACCCGAGGAUCAUGAGCCUCCGCGGCACAAAGUCGAGGGAAAGGACAACGUCUCUGCGACGAGCCGACCCACCAAUCCAGAGCCGCCGAGUUCUACGCGUAAGCAUGACGAGUUCAUCGACGACGACAGCGCGCUCGACAAUGCACUGUCAGACGACGACGGCUUCUCGUCUAUCAACCUUGCCGACCAGCUCUCCAGAAUCGAUACGGCACCGCCCCAGGAGGUCCCACCGCGCGAGGGUCUCUACUCGACGCCACUCAGCUGGGAGAGGCCGCAGCCGGGGAUACGCAUGGACUCGCUGAUUGGCCUCCACAGCUCAGCCCUGAACGAAGCCGAGCAGAGACGCCUGAUCGCCAUCGCCAUGAACCCCGGGCCGAGCAUGGGAGGGCUGGGUUCAAAUAUCAACCUCAACCUCAACCUCGACGGGCCUGCUUCCGGCAUGGGCUUUGGGUCUGGCCUCGGAAGCGGUGGCACAAUCCCAGGACCGAAACCAGUGUCUCCGCCGCAGCCAACAACAUCGCAUCCCCGUCCAGCACCGCCCAACGCGCCGAAGAGGCAGGAUAGCGCGAGCGAGAAGGGCAAGGAGAAGGCGAAGUCCGGGGACCGGACCGCGCACAACGACAUCGAGCGGAAGUACCGGACCAAUCUGAAGGACAAGAUCGCUGAGCUGAGGGACGCGGUGCCCGCCCUGCGUGCAAUACCGGAAGAAGGGGGGCCGGACGACGGAUCACGGCCGCCGAGGCCAGCCAAAGUCAGCAAGGGGACUGUCCUGACAAAAGCAACCGAAUACAUACACCACCUCGAGCGGCGAAACAAGCAGAUCAUGCAGCAGCACCGAGAGCUCUCGCGAAGGUUGCAGGCGUUUGAACAGCUCCUCAGCGCGACGGCGCGGUCUUCAUACGCGAUGCCGACCUACAGCAGGACUCUAUUUGAUCCGAGAGGCUUCUGCUAGCUGUUCCUAUAAAAAAGAGAUGUUUCUUGCGCGCACGAUUCUCCGAAUGACAUGUUGUCAAAAAUACAAGGGGAAUUCCGAGGGUGAAGCUCAAGGCGGCAAAAGAAAAUAAAAAGGGUAAAAAAGGGGGAAA